UUACAUAGGAAAUUAAUGUCGUUUUCACAGUGGCAAGCUGGCAUUUAUUUCCCCAGAUGAGGUCUAGAAUUGCACCGCUUUGAAUAGUAGCAUGCCAGUCUAGGUGUGACUUGAUCUGCCCUUAGGACAGACAGCAUCAGGGACUUGGCAGAGAGGGGCUGAGCUGCAUUGUGUCUGCUGGUUGCCUGCCUGACCACAGGGUGAGCACGACAUAGUUGUCAUUGGCACAGACAUGGCAAGUGAAGGCUCUAGUGGUUUGCAAGUUCUGCUUUCUACUUUACAGAACUCGUGCGAGAAAGAUGUAACCCAGAAUAUCCUGAGUGUAUUAAGUGAAUUGCUGUCUGCUGGAACUCACCGCAGGAUUUACUACAUGAUAUCCAAGGGUGGCAGUGAAGCCCUUCUUCAAACCCUGGUAAAUUUGGCAAGAUCAGAUCCCCUUGACUAUGGUCUCCUAUUUAUCCUUCUACGCCUGAUGGUCAAGGUAGGCCAGAAAGAUGUAAACUUUGGAGAAAAAGCACAGAAACUGGAAGCUACUGAUGUUACCCUCAGUUUAAUAAGAAGAAACCUGACAAAAUCUGAUAAAAUAACCCCCUGUCUUUACGCUAUUCAGAUCUAUGCUUCCAAUGUUUCGGUUGGAGAGAUGUUGGGCAUAAAUGGCGCCAUGGAGCUGCUUUUUAAUAUCAUCACCCCAUACACCAGAAGGAACACACACACAAUCAAGGCAGCUGUUGGAGCACUCGCCACUCUGCUCAAGUCAAAAUCAAAUAUCAGAAGAGUUGUGAACCGAGGCUAUGUUUGUGCUCUGUUGCGGUUUUAUCAAGACUGGCACAGGAGUGACUCUGCCAACCACUACAUGCCCAUUCGUAGAGGCUUGUUGCGAUGUCUCAAACAUAUAACUAAUGUUCGUUCUGGAAGAGAAGCAUUUCAUCAAGCCAAUGGGAUGGAAAUCCUCUACACCACAGCACAGGAAUGUCUACAUUGCAAAAGCUUGGAUCCCUUAGUCAGUGCUGCAGUCCAGGUUUUGAGAAAGUGUUGUCCAAAAUGUACUCUACCUCUGACUUCUAUAUCAAGCUCCUAUCAAUAUCUUGUUCCUGGAACACAAAAUACAAUUUCCACAAGAAUCUGCUCCCAAGAAGAUGAAUCUGAGGAUGAAGAUGAAUAUAUGGAUAACCUUACAAAUGAGGAAAACAUGGAGGAAGAUGAUGAUUUGGAGACAGACUUGAAAAAAUUGAAAUCACUGCCUCAGCCCGACCGACCAGUUGAGGAAUUUAAUCAGUAUAAAGAAUUCUGUUCAGAAAUGUUUGACUUCAAGGACAAUGCAUCUGACAUGGAAGAAGUCCUGAAUGCCACAGAGAGUAUCUCCAGUGUUAACACACAUAACAUUCCAACCACUGAGAGAUAUAUGGACGACUGCUAUACAACAGUUGACCGACCCAAUCCUGGAGACGCAUUCUUUCCUAAGACACAUGUGGAACAAAAUAUCUUGAACACCAUUUUCAGCAAACCACAACUCUUGGAGGAUCCAUCAUUAAACAAGCAAGAGCAAAUGAGCAUGAAAGAAAAUAAGCAGAGAAAUCCAACAAGUUUGGUCUGUUCCAAUUUGGUCCGUACGGAGCCAAUCUCCUUUCCCACUAGAUGCAUCAAGACUGUCAAACUGAAAGAGGGUAAUGUUGCUGAUGAAUCUGAAAGUUACAAGGUUGUAAAACAGCUUUUGGAACAGCACAAAGGAAAUAUACCUUUCCAUGACCCUCACGUUUACAUGUCUGUAGCUGGAAACACUAAAUCUGUUCCUGAUUAUCAAGUAUUGGCAUUUCCUGACUUUUGGGGCCACUGCUCACCUCCAUUCUCCCAAAAGCUUGCGGAAAAGAGAUUUGGAUCACAAAGGGACAAGAUCUUUGAUGACAUUCAGAGGUAUUUAAGGCCAAGUGAUCUCAUUAAUCGGGUUGUGUUUGACUUGGAUAACCCAAGUGUUGCAGAAGGUUUGGAAAAGAUGAAUUGCCUUAAGUUCUUUUCCAAGUUUGAAUCUGGAAACCUUCGAAAAGUAAUACAAGUUCGUGAAUUUGAAUAUGACCUGAUCAUGAAUGCAGAUGUUAACACUGACCAACAUCACCAGUGGUUCUACUUUGAAGUUAGUGCAAUGAGAGCUAAUGUCCCUUACCGCUUCAAUGUCAUUAACUGUGAAAAGAUGAACAGCCAAUUUAAUUAUGGUAUGCAACCUGUCAUGUAUUCAGUGAAGGAAGCUCUCCAGGGAAAGACAUAUUGGAUGAGGACUGGGUCCAACGUCUACUAUUAUAAAAACCUGUUCUGUUACCGAGCAUCUGAUGGAAAGAAGAGAAGAAGAUAUUAUACACUGACUUUCACUGUGAAAUUCCCACACUAUGAUGAUGUCUGUUACUUGGCGUAUCAUUACCCUUACACAUACUCCACUCUCCUGUCCCACUUACAGAUUUUGGAGCAAAGUCGAAAUUCACAAAAAGUUUAUUUCAAGCAAGAGACAUUGUGCCACACCUUGGGUGCGAAUCCUUGUCCCAUUGUCACUAUUACUGCAAUGCCAAAAUCAAGCUCUCAAAGUCACAGGGAGGAAUUAUGUAGUCGCCAGUAUAUAGUGCUCACGGCCCGCGUACACCCAGGUGAGAGCAAUGCCAGCUGGGUUAUGAAGGGAACACUGGAAUUUCUCACAAGCAGUGACCCUAUUGCACAGAUUCUCAGAGAAACCUUCAUUUUCAAGAUUGUUCCAAUGCUUAACCCAGAUGGUGUCAUCAAUGGAAAUCACAGGUGUUCCCUAACUGGUGAAGAUUUAAACAGACAAUGGUUAUCACCCAAGUGCGAUCUAGAACCAACCAUUUAUCACGUGAAGGGUCUAUUGUACUACCUGACCAGCAUUGGCAGAACACCACUGGUUUUCUGUGAUUAUCAUGGUCAUUCGCAAAGAAAGAAUGUGUUUUUCUAUGGAUGCAGCAUAAAGGAGACCUUGUGGCAAGCUGGUUGUGUAGCAGAUUCAUCAGUUCUCUUGGAGGAUGUUGGAUACAGGACUUUACCUAAAAUCCUUGAUAAGAUUGCUCCUGCAUUCUCAAUGUCACACAGCAGCUUUUUAGUUGAAAAGGCAAGAGCAUCAACAGCCCGUGUUGUGGUAUGGCAUGACAUUCGUGUUUUAAGAAGCUACACAAUGGAGAGCACUUAUUGUGGAUUCAAUCAAGGGCCAUAUAAGGGUUUACAGGUUGGAACAAAGGAGUUAGAAGAAAUGGGGGCAAAGUUCUGCCUUGGACUGUUAAUUCUCCUCUCCAAAUCCUUCUACAGGGGAAUGCUGCAUCCGCAGGUAGAGGAACUGCUUGAGGCUGAGAGAGAAAGUGCUGACAAUCACAGAACCAGCGGUACUGAAACUGACGAUGAGCCACCAUGUGAGGAGAAGAUUGACUACCAUACUGACAGCUGCUCAGAUCAGGAUGUAUCAGAGUUAGAUACCCAAACUGAAGAUACACUUUCAGAAGAUGAUCAUGGGGCAAGAAAGAGCCAAUCCUCAACAUCAAGCAUGAAGGAGGAGGUUUUCUCUACCAAGUAUAAUGGUUCAAGAAGAAAGUCCCUCACAACAUCCUCAUAGCAAUAUGGCUGUUCACCUGAGGCAACUUCCUCCCUAUGUGAGCAGAAUUUUGAGAACUCCAGCAAGCCACAAAUGGAUCAUUAUCUUUAUUAGCAUUAGGAUUUUGUGUGUUAAGAGUACUUUAAUAUGUAAGAAAUUUAGUUUUGCUUAUUGAAAAUAUUACAAUUGUGCUGUGCCCUGCAUACUCUGAGGUGUUUGGGAACACAUACAGUACGGAGACAUGAGGAGGAAGGAAAGUUGAUAUUUUACACUUUGUGUUACAGAUCCAUAAGGAGAAUACAUGUCCCCCAAUAGGGCUGUAUAAAGUGUUUUUGGCUUCUGUGCUGACAUGUAAAAAUGGUAGAUAAAUAUUUGGGGGCCCACAGAUAAACUGAAUGGCCAGUAUACGCUAAGGACUUUUUUGUCAAUGUUGUUGAGUAUAUUUUCUUUGUCAAAUAUUUUAUUGUAUAGUACAGGUAAAAAUACUUUAAAGUCCAAAGCACUUUAUAUCAGACAGAAAGAGAGAAAUAAAGUUAAAGAUAAUGAGAGAUUGAGAUACAGAUUGACAGAUAGAUAGACAGUGGGACCCAAUGGCAAUAAAUAUGCAGGAACAUAACGGAUCACUGAUUAGCACUGGGGUCUGGUUGAAAUCCAACCAAUGGCAACAACUGCAUAAAGUCCUUUGUGUUUGCAUCAAUUUCCUCUCGAUGUCAGAGUAUGUGAGUGCUAUAUUAAUGAAUAAAAUAAAUAAAGAGUAUAUAUGCUAUUUGUGCCGAAGGAUCCCCUGCUGUCUGUGUCCACCAGUGUACAGAUGGAUAGGAGGAAUUUGUUAGGACUGACAUUUCUUAUGCUAGUCUUAAUAAGGUCUAUGCACCAGAAACAGAAGUCUAUGCCUGAUAUGAGCUUGCACAAAAACGACAGAUUUUUCAGGUUUUUGUGCAAGCUUCUAUCAAAGUUGUUUCAGUGCGGACCAAUGUAUAUAUAUAUAUAUAUAUAUAUAUAUAUACUUUUGACGUGUUUUAUAGGAAGUCGGGACCUACCUUCCUUUUUCGGACUGCAGCUAAAGAUCUAGCACGAGAGAAUAACACCAUUUCCUUUAUUUUAAAUGUCCGAUAGGAGCUGACUUAGAUUUCUUAUUUGAUUUACACAACUUCCCUGCAUCCUUUAUACUCCAGAAAACUUCAGAAGCAUUAAUAAAUUCCCCCAUAAUUUUUACAUGUGAUGUAUGAAAAUAUACAAUUAGUAUUAGUUUUUUUUUGUUUGUAUACUGAAUAGUACAUGUGUUAAGAACAGGGUAUAAGCAGUUGCAGAAACUGCAAACAGUAAAUAAUGUAUAUAAAAGUUGUCUGUAGGUGGUGUUCAGUGCGGCCAACUGGUGUCAGUAAAAAAUGGUUUACGUAUGUUAAUGAAAAGGUCAGUUUAGUACAUAAUAGGUGGAUUUAAAAUUAAAAAUAAAUAAAUAAAUGUGAUAUAUGUGAAUUAAUCAACAUUUCUGAUAUUCAUGAUUCUGCUCAGAAAGUGAACCCAGACCAUAUAAAGGGUCUGGUCUCAUCUGCCUCAGAGGCUCUGCUAAAAGACUCUAUUGCUUUCUACAUUGCUUUUGGUGUUGAAAAUAGAAUAGCAUGGAACAUUACUUUGACAGACACCAUGGAAUAACCCAGAAGAACUCAUUUUAAGAUGAUGGAUUCUGUCGGAUAUCACUGGCCUGUUGUGCAACGAAUCAGGCACUGUGUGGUCUUUCUGUUUACCCCAGAAACCAUGGCAUGUGAUGAUGUGCCUGAGCAUAAGCAUGUUCUUCUGGGCAAUGUUCUUUCUUUAUGUCAUUGAUUUUCUUCUUUUUAAAGUGCAUUACUAAUUUUGUAUGCCAGGGCUCUCUUUGUGCGUUAGAAAUAUCUUGUUAUCACUAUUGUCCAUGUCUUUUCUUCUUUUUUUGUGGGCUGUUAUGUUGGAUAUAUAAUUCUCUGAAGAAACUGAGAACGUACACCAUAUAAACUUUAUUAUUGUACCACAAAAUUAUAUACAAAGGCAUAACUAUAGUUCAUAGGGCCCCAUAGCAAAGUAAGAUGGGGCCCUCAACACCUAGUGUAAGAAAGUUAAAACAGCAAUGCACCUUGAUAAUUAACACUGUGCCAAUUAUCAGUUUUGUAAAAUAAAUACAUUGAAACAGACAUACGGAAGUGUCUAUCCUUACCUUUGAAGGACUGCAAAUUCUUAUGAAACAAAUUCAAUAUAAUAUAGUGAUAUACUAGCAAAUCCCUUGACAGGCAGCAAUCAACCACUGGGUGAUCACUCAUAGACUGACCUAGCAUACACAUCUUGUGACAGAAUAUCAUGAAAUUAUUAAAAAAAAAUAUCUAAAGGAAAGUUAAAGGGCUUCUGUCACUCCACUAAAUUCAUAUUUUUUUUUUUUGGUCUCCCUACAAUCCUUAUGCUGCGAUUUCUUAAUAUAUA